AUGUCGGCAACCAGCAUUGCGGCUCCCGUGGACGAGAAGAAGAGCGACUCCGCUAGUCGCUCUGUGAACUAUGCCGUCUGCAAAGGCGGGCCCGCCACAGUCGGAGGUGUCGCAGCUGACCGCUAUGUAAGCCAAACUGACCAGUACUACUGCGCUCAAGCUGCAAUCAUGUGGGCCAAUCGCUACGUCAACGGCCACGUCGGCUUCACCAUGGGAUGGGACUUCUAUUAUACCAAGACUGUCAUCUGCUGUGCUCAAAUCUCCGCCACUACCGGCAUGGUUCAGUACUGGGAUCCCAGCAUCAAUCCCGCAAUCAUCGUGUUCGCCAACCUCGUCCUUUCUUUUCUCCUCAAGGUUGGUGGACCCAGCCGAUACGGAGAGUUCGAGGUCUGGUUUUUUAUCCUCAAGAUCUUCCGCGUCCAGGUAACACUUCAAGCGGAGUUAAACUUUCAUAAGUAG